GCAGACGAGCAGGCGGCGAAGAUGAAGAGAUUGGAGGAGGAGAUGAAGAGGGUACAACAGGAGGAGGAAGAAUGAAGGAAGGCUGCUGAAGCAGAAGCGGCAGCAGAAGAAGAGAAAGAAAGGAUGAGAAUUGAGAGUGGGGAAGGAAGUAGUGGUGGCACGAUGAAGUGGGAGACAGAUACUGAGCUGGAGAAGAAGAUYAGCRAGUGGGUCGCUAAUUUAUCGUUGGGGGAAGACGAGGAGGCGGAGUCCUAUGUGACUAAGGAUGAGAAGGCUGCGCUGGCCGCUGAGCUAGCGUCCAUGACAGACCCAAUGGAACGAAGAGAGAGGGAAGACGAGCAAAAGUUAGCAUGGAAGUUGAGAAUGAAGAGGGAGAAGAAGAGGAGGAGAGAAAAAGUGAAUAACAUGACCGCCGCAGUGGCAAAGGUGCAGGAGUGUAGAGCGGAGGUGCUGGCCCAGCCAGAUGAUAAGGCCAAGUGGGACAAAGUACUGGGYUAUUUAGAGGUGUUGAGCAAGGUCUGGAUGGAGGAGCGCCAGGCAAGCUGGAGCCAGGAUGUAGCGUUGAGUGCCAUGCGGUCCGGGUUCAAGAAUUUUGCGCGCGAAAUCGUCGCCCAUAUUGGGGGUGAAGUCAAGCAAUUGAGAGACAACGUAGGGAAGUUUUGUGAGGGCGCCAUUCAGGGUGCCAAAGCUGCAGCCGCUGUAGAAGGAGAGGCCAGACCCCGUAAGGACCCAGUGAAACUUAAGUUCCGGGACGUGUACGGGGGGAAGAAGGACGAGAACUUUGACAACUGGGAGGCCAGUGUCAAUAGUUACAUUUAUUUACAACAUAUCCUAAUGGACGAGCAAGUCCUCGUGGCCUUCCAGGCCCUGAAGGACGAAGCGGCUAGCUUCGCCAGGUCUCUCGCGCAUACAGCCGGUUGUGAAAACAACCUGGUUGCAUAUUCUAAAGUCACCCCUCUUUCCCAAUUCCUCAGGCUCCUCAAGGAGCGUUUCGCUGACCCAACGAUAGGCAUAAGAGCCUCUGACAAGCUUCAAACGAUCCACUCACGGCAGURGAGGAGUGCCAAGGCACUCAAGGGUACCAUGGACGACUUGGUAGCCGUCCCGGAYCAUGGGGUCACKGAGCCCCAGYUGGUUCAGUUGUUUUAUCGUGCCAUUCCAGAGGCCCUACGUGGGCAUUUCUUUGACAAGUCUCAGCAGGCCGGCGUCACAUACGAUCAAUUGAGUCGCGAAGUCGUCCUGUAUGAGUCGAAGUCUAUGCCAGUUACCACUUUCUGGCAUAAGGACUUAGAGAAGGGGAAGAACUGGAAGAAUCGUACCAUCUCAGGCCAAAUAAAGGCCAAGGAUCACAUGAUCCUGACAUUAGAAGAAGGUGGUACCGAUGAGGUCCCAUAUGACCAGAUUGAGUGGGGCCUUGAAGAUGAUGGCAGUAGUGUAGGGCAGGGGAGGUCUUACGCUGUUGUCGCGGCUGGAGGGAGGCCGCAAGGAGGAGGAGGAGGCCAGGGCCAAAGGGGCCAGGCCAUGGGAGGCCGAGGACCGGGCGCACAGGGGGUUGGCGGACAGGGAAACCGCCAAGCGGGAGGUAGGGGUCAAGGUCGGGCCAAAGGGGCCAGGCCAUGGGAGGCCGAGGACCGGGCGCACAGGGGGUUGGCGGACAGGGAAACCGCCAAGCGGGAGGUUGGGGUCAAGGUCCCCCGUCAAAUCGCCAGGGUAAUCGGUCCCCACAACGAAGAGGUGGAAAGGCACCUCAAGGAGGAUGGCAUCCAGGCUUGCCGCAGGGCAGGCCCUGGGAAGACUUGGGCUUGGACCGACAAUUAUGGCAGGAACGCGUGAACAUAAGUCAGUGCGUAUUCUGUGGUGACCCGUCCCACGUUAUCAAAUUUUGUCCAAAGUAUAGACAGGCCCGUUGGGCUGCUCAACAGUCAAAAGGCAGCCGCCAGUAGGGGUUGCAACUGUCCCUACUUCAAGGCCAUGUGGAGAAGUGAGCGCGCGCGAACAGGACACUCCCAACCCACAUGAGCCUAUGGCAGAGGUUGCAGGCCCGUGCCUAGAUAGCUGUCCAGAGACUGCUUGUGUUAGCGUCUCYUUAGGCACGUCCCUCACAGGUGUGGCAGAAGAGUUAAAGGAGAGGAUGCCAGCCUGGGCCAAAAUGAA